ACGUCAAGACCUCUACACAGUUGCUUUCUAAAAAGCCACUGUCGGUUUCAUCCUGAUUCUCCACCUGGCUCAUGAGCAUCUUGGAUCGAGCACUUCAUGACGCGGAACAACGAUGGGGCGGCGGUAAUGUGCGUUGGUGAAGGGACCCCGUAUGCUGUGGUAUGUAGCAUGGCGACCUUCCAGCCGAACUCCACGCACUAGCACGCAUUGUAAAGGUCCCCCGAUAUCCGCGUGUUUAUCACGUCGCAGAUACUCGCCUGAAGACUUAUUGACCACCCUUACGUCAUGGUUAUGAAAAGAAUCCAGGCAUGCUGGGCAUCUGUGUGUAUGAUAUCGUCAGUAAGUGCCACCUCAGUGAGUGACAGUGCGCAGAAGGAGUUGAAGAACUACACGAUAGCUCCACCCAUGCGUUCCACUUGCAUCGAGUCAGGAAUAGCAACGUGGUGUCGCCGGCGGGAUCUCGUGCCUAUAUAUGUGUUGGAUAGAUGUACUAAAAUCAUAGUAAAAUGUGUCAGUAGUUAGUAUUUACCUCAAAAAGGCUAAAGGCAGCCUAAUUAACUGAUAGUGCAAAUCCCGAAGGCCAGUACUUCCUGACGUUGAGGCAAAUGAUGUCGAAGUCAAAAUUGACAAGGGUUCGGAAUGGUUCGGGAAGGCCGAACCAGAACGGAACCGUUCGGGAGGAGAUAGAACCGAGAACCGUUUUCCGGUCCGGUUCUGGCUGACAUGAGAACCAUGGACCGAACCACGGAGAACCGGACCA